AUGGCAAAUCUAUUUUUUAAAACAAAUAUUCAUAUAUUUAAUCACACUAAAUUGUUAUUUGCUUGUAAAUAUUCACAAUUACAUGUGCCUGUAAUGUUGAACGAAGUAAUUGACAGUUUAAAACCGUCCAAAAAUCAAACAUUCAUCGAUAUGACGUUUGGUGCUGGGGGCCAUUCUAAAAAAUUACUUGAAUCAGCUGAAAAUGUUAAAAUAAUUGCCUUAGAUCGGGACCCGUUUGCUUAUAAUAUAGCACAAGAUUUAUCUAAAGAAUAUCCAAAUCAAGUAGUACCACUGUUAGGUCGGUUUUCUGAUUUACCAGAAUUAUUAAAACAACAUAAAAUCAGACAAAAUUCCAUUGAUGGAAUUUUAUUUGAUUUUGGAUGCUCUUCAAUGCAAUUUGAUAGCGCCGAUCGAGGAUUUUCAGUAUCAAAAAAUGGACCUUUAGACAUGAGAAUGGAUGGGUUAUCAGAUAGUCCAAGUGCAGCAGAUGUUCUUGCUUAUAUGGAUGAAGAAGAUAUAGCAAAAAUAUUGAAAGUAUAUGGUGAGGAAAAACAUGCUAAAAAAAUUGCACGUGCAAUAGUCGAAGCACGCUAUUCAUUUAAAAAACUUCAAACCACAGAAGAAUUAGCAAUGCUUGUAGAUUCCGUAUGUACUGAGGAACAUCGUGUUGAUAAAUUACAAAGGUUUUCGCAUUCGGCUACUAAAACUUUUCAAGCAUUACGAAUUUUUGUUAAUAAUGAAAUUAAUGAAAUCAACUACGGCAUUGUAGUGGCUCAGAAAUAUUUAAAAAUAGGUGGACGGCUAGUAGCCAUUUCGUUCCAUUCACUGGAAGAUGUUAUCGUAAAACGUCAUAUUUUAGGAAAUGUUAUUGAUAAUGCGAUUAAUCCUUUGCCUUUAAAAUAUAGCGAUCAUACUUUGUGUCACGAUAAAGAAAUUAUUGAUUCUAUAAUGGAAUCACCUUGGCGAUCUUUAAAUAAACAGAUAAUUACACCAUCAUACAAGGAAAUUGAAUCCAAUCCUCGAAGUAGAUCUGCUAAGCUUAGAGCAGCAGUUCGCGUUUCAUAGUUUUAAAACAUAUGUAAUUAUCACAACCUUCGCCAUCAGACUUUAAUGAAUGGGCUGCUUAACUACAAUAAAAAAAUUGUUCGAUCUACAGGAAGGAACAAUCUAACAGUAAGAAAAAUCUAUAUAUUUCAUAUUAUGAUUAAGAUUUAGAUUGUCCGCGAUCAUGCUCAUCUCAUUCUUGUUGAAACAUGAGGUUUGUUCGUAAAAUCAAUUCAGUAUGCAAAGGUAGUGCUCGAUCUGGAAAUGUCAGGGAAUUUUAAGAUUCUGGAAAAGUCACGGAAUUUUAGAAUCUGUUUAUUAAUUAAUCAACUGGUGAGUGCUGGAUUAAUUUAAGAACGCACCCUUAAUUUCAUACUUCAAUAAUCUGAAACUGUAGCCGUAAUGUAAAUGGCACAGUCGAAUAGUUAAAGUGUUUAUUUGUUAUGUUUGUAGUUUUGUCUAGAGACCUUCUAAUAAGAGCGUGCACUAUAUUUCAGCUAUUCCAUCCAAUUUUAGCUGUACGCCAAAUUAAAACCCUUUAUUUCGUUCAUUAUAUUUACUGGAAUCGUAAUUUAAAUAAUUGAAAUAUUAAAUCAGAGGUGAUUAUUUAAGGUAGAUGGUAUAAUAGAUAUAUCCAGUUUAAAGUUAUAAUAAAUUCGAUCAAGAUUCUUCAUUAAAAAAAAAUUAAUAAAAAAUUAUUAUACGAAAAAAAAAUUAGCCCAAUAAUUUUCCUCGAAAAAAAAUAUUAUAGAUAAAGUAAGACUGAAUCACACGAGCAUAAACCCAAAACAGUUAAAUUGUAACCAGUAUUAGAUUUACGAACAUACCUUCUGUUAAUAAAACAUAACCUUAUAGGCAAUUUUAUUAACAAAGGGUGAUUGAUCUUAAAGUUUACAAAACAAAUUGAUCACUUUUUUUGCUUUAAUAUCGUAUUACUGAUAUUUUUUACAAAUCGAGAAAUCUACCACCAUUCUCCGAUUCCAUUCUCUAACGCUUAUAGUUUACUUAAUAGUUAUUUUCUCAGUUUCACCAUAAUUGAUUAAUUUUUUUGGUUUACCAAUUAAUUUUCCUUGGAUAAUUGAAAUGAUUUUUUUAUUGGUUGAUUUGAAAAGUUACUUACCCUGAAUCCAAAUCAGUCUAAUAAAAGUAGAGAAAAGCUAUUUUGUAAAUUGGCGUACUAUUAGUUCAUUCACUAUAAAAUAGCUGAAAUAAAGUUGUCUCAAUCAGAAAUUAGAGUCUUAGGAAUAAUCUUUAAUUUUGAUGAAUUUGUUAUUAUUGAUAUAGUUUAAGAUAUGUUAGCAUUAUUAGCUUGUUUACAUCGAUACACAGGUAAAUAGUACCCUAGCUAUGUUUUUAUAGUGAAAGUUUAUUGUAGAAAAGUACCAUUUUCGAAAUAUGUACAUGUUUACGAAAAUAAAACAAUUCAACGACUGCUGCUCCGAUUGAUGUGGGAACUUUCACAGAAUAUUUUCAACACUAAUAAUCAACUACUAUAUGUAAAUUUUUUCAAACAGUCACUUAUGUUUAAUUUUUCUGGAUCAAAUUACGAUGUGAACAAGAUAAAUUACUUGUUUUAAAUAAAUGUAUAA